CUCGGUUGCCUCCUGUUUUUAUUUAACAAAGAAACCCAGAAACCCCAGAUCAAUAAACACCACCUUUCUUUCUCGUCAACCUACCCUCUCAAGUACUGCCUAACCGUCGCGCUUUUUUUGACGAUUCGAGGAGAGGGGGUUUAUCCCAAUCAUCUUCACGGAUCUGAACACCCAUUCUCUCAAAACCACGAUUCAUCGAAUCUCAUUCCUCAUUCUCGCAUUCACUAUUCCCAUUCCUCGCGACAAUGUCUUCAUUCCAACCAUCGGACACCGAUCUCGUCCUACCUAUGUCGAGGACGCCACAGGUCGACACUAACGACGACAACCCGCACGAGUCUGGCCACGCUGGUCAGCCUAUCCAGUUCAACGGCCAUCAACAACAUUCAUCGCUCACAUUCUCCGCCUCUGCCAGCUCUGGCCCCUUCGCGUUCGGAAGAAUCUCAAAUUCCAAUGCAGACUAUCAGACUGGCGAGGACGACAUGGAGGAUAUUAUCCGGCGUCUUAGGGACAGGAUACUCGCUAAUAUCGCCGCCCGAGAGAAGAUCGAGAAUCAACGUUCUCGUCUCGCCCUCCUUUGCGGAGAGUCUCUCGAUCGACUUCCGAAUGACAACACCAGGACGACCAUGGCGGAUCAGUCGCGACAGCAAUACGAGGAACAACACCGUCAGCUCGCCGCGGAUCUGAAAACAGCCGAGGAUUACCAUGCCAUUCUAGUCAACAGCUUAAAAGGUAGAGAAGUAUUGGCCCAGGAAAGACAAAGUAUGGAAGUGAACUGUAACAGGAUAACCCCGAAUAUAGCCCCGACUCUGAAAGGACUGGGGCCCCGGCUAUAGACCACCGACCGGACCGGAACCAGUCCGUAGACAUUGAUAAAUAGACCAGCUAG